AUGAUUCAAUCGAGAUUCAGAUCGCACGAUUGGUGCAACUCGAAUCUAUCAAAACAUGUGGUGAGGCUAUACUUCAAUAACGCUGAUGUGGAGCAAUACAAUACGAACGCCAUCCCGGACGGUGGGUCGACCGAUAACGUGACCUCGCUUGACUCUUACACGGGUUACAGCACGGAAACAGAGAGAUGGGAGGCUGUCAGUAAAGUACAUCGCAUGAAAGCAAGAGAUACAGGCAAUUUGCUUUACCUUAUCAGAUUUCGCGAAGGGUAUCCCUACAUGUUGACCACAAACGUCGAUGUAGAGGAUGGUCUUGUCAACGGAGCCAUAGGCACUCUGCGUUACAUCGAAAACUACGAGUCUUCACGUCGUAAGAUGAAGAUCAAAUAUAGAGCACACGUCCAUUGUAAGCACGGAAUCCUUGAUGAAAGAUGGGUCCCGAUCGAGCUGCCUUCGGCCAACGUGAAUAUUACGAAGAGCAUAAAGUGUCGACGCCUACAAUUUCCGUUGUCUCCCGCGUAUGCAUUGACAAUACACAAAUCGCAAGGCGGAACUUCCGCCCAAAUCGUGUACGACUACCACAAAAAUCAUAAACAGCAACUGGUUUACGUGGCUCUGAGCAGAGUGACAAGUCUGGACGGGCUCUUCCUGACUAACACCGAUGACGACUUCACGUUCUACCAUGCGCGGACUCAAACCACCUGUAGUGUCGCUAACUAG